UAAUAGAAUUGACAGAACUCACAGAAACGUUUCGAUUCUUUAGGAGGAGACAGAGACUAUGGCUCCAGCGGGAAAUAGGGUUUUCUGGCUCUUCCACCUUGGGCUAUCCGUCGUUCUCCCUCCCUCCUGGUCGUCCCCCGCCGCCACCGACGGCUACAUAUCCACCGCUGUCUACGGCCAUCUUCUCACUCCCGCCACCAGAAAACCACCGCUCCGUUCAAAGGCAAACCGUCGUGGCCCAAUCAGCAAACUCGGAGACGAUCUCCUCCUGGCGAUUCUGAUUCGCCUCCCGAACGCUAGAUCCGCCUUCCAGUGCAAAUCCGUCUGCAAGCGGUGGUGCUCACUCAUCUCCAGUCCUCACUUCGGCCGCAGUUUCGUUUCUCACCGUCAACAGAGCAGGAUCGACGGCGGCGGCGGGGAACUACUUCCUUUAACCUCACGCGACACUGAAUCCAUCUUGAGCUUUCUCCCCGUGCCUGAUGAGGUCCGAUCCAAUUUCGUACUUUUGGGUUGCUUCAAGGAUUUGGUUUUAUGCGGCUUCGAUGACUCUGCUGUUGGGAAUGAUCUUGAUGGCGAGAUGGGGAGAUUGUUCUUCGUCUGCAAUCCGUUUACAAAGCAAUGGGUCGCCCUUCCUCUGGCGCCCAAAAGGUCAGUCGGGUAUCAGAACAAAUGUUUAGUCUCUGAGAAUUUGGAUUCUGGAGAUGAGGAUGAUUGUCGAUUCCGAGUCGUCCUUGUUUCUGGAUCACCUGACCGUGCAAUAGUAGACUUGUUUUGUUCGGAGUCAGGGGAAUGGAUGGAAGACGCCAUGGCUCCUCCUGAUUCUGGUUCUUCCACACAGAUGAUGCUGGGGGAUGUGAUUCCCUUGUGGAAUGGGACCUUGUGUUGGCUGUCCGAUGACAUGCUUGGAUUUUGUGUGUGGAAUCCAUUCUGCCCACACACGCUUCCGACUUCCAUCAUUGAAUCGCCGAACAGCGGGAGUUAUUCCUGGUUGUUCAGUGCCUUAGCGAAGCGCACGAUUUGGGUCUCACUUGGUGUUUUACACAUAGUUUUUCACCUUCAGGAACAGCAUUGUUUGUCUAUGUGGAGAUGGGAGGAAGACAAUAGAAGAUGGUGUUUUCUUUACAAUGGCUUUGUGGCGGAUUACAUCAUUAACCGUGAGUAUGUACAAUUUAAGGGUUUGAAGGCGCAUGAUGUAGUUGGCAUUCAUCCGAGUAAGCCCGAAACCAUCUUCUUGGAGUGUCGUCGUCCUUCUGAUGUCGCGCCUAUUGUGGUCGAGUGCAACAUGAGGACGGGAGAGAUGGAGGUCUUCACCGAUAGAGGGAAUUGGGGUGGGUUGUUCCAGCCGAGGUUCACUUGCUGGCCUUCCCCAAUUCCGGGCUACGAGAAGCUGCGAACUAUGUGUGAUGGCUGCUAUAGUUGUUUGGUUCAGCCAAUCUUGAACUCCCUAAAACAGUAGGUCAAUGCGCUCGAUCCACAUGACAUUGUCAACACAAGAAGCUUGCCAACUCAAAAUCAUCUAUGCUCAUAGCUAUGAAGAGGGAACCCGGACUUGCUAAUGACAACCCGGUCCCUGGGUUAGCAAUGUUAACUUAUUGGCCAAAGAAUCACCACGAAUGGCUACUCAUGAUUGUUAGAACUUCUCUUUUCUUGGUUUGUGUAGACUGAUUUCAAGUUUUUUCCUUCUCCUGUAUAUCCAGUAAUUUAAGUCUAAGAUGACACAUGCGUGAAUGACUUAACAGAAUGCUCCGAAUGUAUGAAUUGGGGACACUUGCAGAGUCGCAGAAAUUUGUCUGUUGUUGGUCAUUCCUUGUACAAGCUUUCUUUCCAAUCCUUGGUUUCUCUUUUCACUCUUUCAGUUCCCGGUUUGCUUGCUAAGAGAACAGAGGGAACCAACAAGCUAUCGUCUUUCUC